AUGAGUAGGAGCAAGAAGGUGGUGUCAUACGAGUGAGUCACUAUGAGAGAGACUGAAAACAAUCACACACAGUGCAUACAUCACAUUUCACACUUUAUCUUAAAGACAUGGUAAUGGUGUUAUUGUGUGAAUGAUUUAUGACAGACACACACAGUCACAGACACACAUGCUGCAAGCAAAGCGACAGACAUGCAGCAGACGCAUUCUCUUUUGCACACACUCAAUGCUGAUAAAGCGGAUUCAGCAGCAGUGGGCUUUUACCUCACAUCCUCAAUCAAACAUACACACACACACACACAGCGACACCAUUCCUUCGCAUGCCUUCACACAGAGAUAAGCCUCUCAAGUGAGAAAGACUGAGCUGAUCAAACACCUCACAAACUCACAAACACACCCUGCCUGUCGCUUCACCACGACCUCUUCUCAGAUUACUGCUUUCUGAUGCAAUUAUCGCCCAUACAGUGGGGAUUAUGUGUUCACUUUUGUUUCCCAGUGAUCUGUGUCUGCCAUCAUUCUAAUGUGUCCUCUCUGUGCACCCUAUUCUCUGGAGUAUCCUAACAAUGACUAGCUGACCUUGUCUCUAUUUAGCUGCUUCCACUCUCUGACGCUAACCCACAGGCGUUACCCGACAGGGAAGGGAUUGGAACAUGGGGAAAUGAUUCCCAUCGGAUGUAAAGGAAUACGAAUGGGAGAUUAUGGUUCACUGCUGUGGAAAAUGGUGAGAGUGAGGAAGGGGCAUUAUCCGCUUUGCACUGUUUGGACUGUUUUUCCAGUCUUUGUAUUAUGGAUCAAUCAUUAAAAGUACUAGCUGUAAUAGCACAAGAACUGCCCAGUUCAGCAUUUGCUGAAUUAAGACUGGCAAAAAGAUGACUACUUGUGCAAGAAAUGAUAUUGUCUUUUGAAAAUGCUUCCACAACACUUUGAAAGUCACCUAUCUUCAAGUAUUUUUAUGAAAUAAUAUUGAUUACUUGAAUCUUCUCUUUGUGCCAGACUGGGUUAAAAUGAUUUCCGUUUCAUUUUUCUGUAUUUAUUUAUCUGUACAUUUAUGCGGUGCACACUGCAGAGAACACCGGAAGAAUUAUCACUGAAUUAUCACAGUGAAUUAUUGUAAUGUUUAUGUGUCAAUUAAUCCCAUAAGGGAUGGUUUGCCAACUGGCGAUUUGACACGAAAAUAAAAUGUCAUUCAUUCAUUCAGUCAUUCAGAUAGGGUGAUGGGGAACUCGUAACGCUAACAAUGCUGUGUGUGUGUGUGUGUGUGUGUGUGUGUGUGUGUGUGUGUGUGUGUGUGAAUGAACAGGGAGGGGGAAUCAGUAUACAAAACCAUGCUAGAGCUGUCACAAGCCAAGCCAAAAUUGGAUUAGGGAAAAAAAAGGAAGAGGGAAAAAUUGGAAGAAGGAAACGGCUACUUUUUUUCUCCCCCUUGCAAUAAUUUCAUUUCAAAUUCAGGGCAAUGUACGCAUAAACACACUGUUAUAGAGACGGGUAAAGUUAAUGGAAUAUUUAUAUGCAGACUCCAGGAUCUUUCUUUCUUUUUCUCAGCAGUCUGUUUUUUCCUUCGUUUUACCUCUGCCUUUGUUAGGCUUUGACACCAUUUCUGCACCUCCAAGAGGACUGUGGUUCCAUUGGCGGCUGUUGAAAAAUCCUAGUAGAGAGCGCGGAAAUGGGAGCUGUGAUUUGUCAGGGACUAUUAGCUUCUCACCACACCGACUCACAUAGAAAUCAAUGCAAAGGAAUAACGGACCGCCCCACACCAUGCUUUCUAAACUGUGCAGGAAGAUUCAAUAAGCUAAUGCAGAGAGGGAGGGAACAUUGUUGUGCUGGGAAAGCGAUGACGGAGGAGAUUGAGAGAUGGAAGCCGGAUAGACUCUUAUUAAGUAUUCAACUACAUGGCACAAUAGUUACAGCACAUACAGCACUGUAGCUGAGAUUUCCAUUUGCCCCAUACUGUGAAUCAUCCACACAGCUAUUGUGCAGUCAUGGCCCAGUUAUACUACAGGAUUUACAAUUUCAUCAGGGGCCAGUGGCAGUGGCAGUAUGGAAACGGAGUGUUAGGCUGUACUGUUACUGUCGUGAUGUGGCAUCUGAUAAGUUCAAGUUUAACACAGUGGAAAUGUUUUAAUAAGACCCCCACCUUUAGCCUAUGUGUUUUUAUCUGCAUGCAAAUUACAAUAGUGGCAUCAAAUGUUGAUAUAUGGUCACUAUUUCAAUGGAGCAGACCAUUUAUGCAGCCAAGUUGGGUGUGCUGAAUCAGGUAUUCACUAUGCAUGGUCUCCACCUAGCACCCUCAUGAUCAAAUCAUCCUCCAGUUAAGCUGGCUGAGGCUGAUAACUCCUUCUAAGAUAACAAGCAUUGAGUGCAGAUGACAGGAUCAGCGUGUGGUGUUGCACACUACCAUUUCAGAUAUCAUUUCAAUGGACUGGGCUGCUUUUCAGAAACUAUAGUCCUUUUACACAAGUACUACCUGAUGUAAUAUAGCUGAAAUCAAAGCAAAAUCACAUGAGUCAUUUCCCCUUUAAAAUAAUUGCCUUAGGCAUCUGUGUGGAGAGAUCCUUCUUGGCGCCAACAGCACAUUGUUAUAUUCUUCCAUUUCCCAGCUUAGAGACAGCAACAGACCUCCUGGGUCGCUCCUGCACAGUUGUACAGAGGCCAUUAAAUAAGACAGUAACACCUGGAAGAAAGGGAGAGGCAGCGAGAGAGAGAGAGAGAGAGAGAGAGAGAGAGAGAAAGAAAGGGGGGAAAUCAAGCUCUGGCAGGAAAUGUGGUAGAGGAAGCUUAUUAUCACACAAAAUAAAAUAACUACCUCUGGUUCAACACACACCUGUCAUAUUGUUGUAGAGAGUGGGGGAGGAGGGGCCAUUUGUGGUUGGAAUAAGUGAAGUAAUCUUGUUGAAGAAGUAUCACCAUGUACCGGAGGAUGUGGCUGGCAUUAUAAGGGCUAAUUUCCCUCAUUGAUUCAGUAAACAAUUUGUUAGCCUACAUUUGGUUACAGUGCGUGAAUAAUACUUAAGAUCCCUAAUUAAAACGCAUUUGUCUUUGAGUUUCCUCUUUGUAAUAACAGGUAGGCCUAGAAGAUCUGUAGGUUAUGAUGAGAAUGGUUGGCAGAGCAGACAGAACUUCUGUGAUCAAACAAGUUGGCCUAAGAUUAUCAUAGACAGGAGGAUGAAGGAUGUGAAGUAAUUAGGUGCAGCUACUACGGAAAAUCGUGCAAGCAAUGGCGAAUGGAGGUUCACUUACAGUGGUGGUAGUCAGUGAUGGGUCGUUCGCGAACGAACGGCUCUUUUUGAAAAUUAUAUUUUUGGUGAACGUCGGGAGCCGAGUCGCUUCGGAGAAAGAGCAGUUAAUUUGGCUCCCUGAUUUGCAUACUGCACUGCUUUUUGAGCGCAAAACAACGUUUUUCGGCAGAUACUGUAAGUUUUUCUCUAAAGAGUGUGACUCCACACUGCAGAAACAAAUAGUGGGAGAGCGUGUCAAUCUGGUCCAUGCUUCAUUUUUUUUGCAAGCCAUAUAAUAAUUUGGCCAGGUAAAAAUGUAUUUGAACGCGCAUUUCACGAUCUGACAUAAUGGUAGCCUACCUUUUGUGCUUUAUAUUGGAUAUUUGCAAUUUGUUUCAUGGUUAUAGGUAGAUUUUUAAGCAUUUUGAACGAAGAGCCGUUUGGGAACCAAAUGAGCCGGCUCUUUUACGUGAACGGAGCCAAAUGAGCCGGCUCACCAAAAAUACUCGGAAUGCCCAUCAGUUGCGGUAGUAUAGUUUCUCUCUCUGGUGAUGUCCAUUGAUGUUCUCAUUUGAAGGGAGAGCGUUGUAACGGUGCCCCCUAGCGAAUAUUUAGAGAAAAGUAGAUGAGCGCAUUAAAAUUCACUCAGUUGUCGGUUCAGCCUAUUCUGUCUGUGUGUUGUGUUACAGACCCACGUAAUUUAUGCCUAUCACAGGAGGCUGCUGAGGGGAAAACGGCUCAUAAUAAUGUCCGGAACGACGCAAAUGGAAUGGCAUCAAACACAUGGAAACAAUGUGUUUGAUGCAUUUGAUACCAUUCCACUGAUUACCUGAGGGCUAUAGAAACUUAUUAAAGGCAAGCAUACUAUCAUCAUCAAGACAAUGUUCACACUCACAGGGCUUUCUCAAUCCUACUUGCAACAGGAGAGAUUUUCCAGGGGAUUCUGUCAUUUCAUUAUUUUGGAUAAAAAAACGACUACAGGUUACACUUGAACUUCUAAAACCUGGUAUAUAUAUAUAUUUAUAUAUCUUUAAAUAUCUUCCAUUUGUCCUGCCUGCAAAUUGAUUUUGAUGAACAAAUCAAACCCCCCAAAAAUCCAUUGAAUCCAUGACCUUGGCCUAUUUUAUUUAUUUGUAUUUUAUUUCACCUUUAUUUAACCAGGUAAGCCAGUUGAGAACAAGUUCUCAUUUACAACUGCGACCUGGCCAAGAUAAAACAAAGCAGUGCGAUAACAACAACAACAACAACAACACAGAGUUACAUAUGGGAUAAACAGUCCCUCUGUGGUAUGUAAUAGAGCCUACUGAUUAAAAAUAUAUAUGUAUUUGUGACAAUGGACCUCCUAGUCCACAGCCCUAUAUGUACAACUAGACAGUAUAUUGAUUUAUUAAAACAUUUAGACUUAUAUCACAGGGGGGACAUGCCUUCUUGAGAGAUUCCCCUCAAUAAGCUCACACACAUUUCCUUUUGGCAUUCAUAACCAAGAUCCAAACCCAUACUUACAGCACAGUACACACACACAUUGCCUGUUAUGUCUUCAGCGAGUUAUAAAGUCACCACUAUUCCUUUUUCUUUGGUACCUGCCAGAAACAUGCCUUGGCGCUCUUAUUUUAGGCCCUGCCACCCAUUGAUCUGACAGAGAAGUGUCUGAAGAGGGUCAGUGUCAUGAGCAGCUGUUUGGCCAGUCAGAGCAGCGAGCAGCAUUUUGGCAUUCGCUCCCGCAGUUGGACCAGCGAAUUACAUACCAUUGAGGGACUGCAGGUAAGGGACCCAUUUUUUCACCCUCUUCUUCUGCUUUUUCAUUUGGAAAACCUUUGCUAUAUUAUGGGGAAACAUUUGUGUUAGCAGGCUAAAUGCUGUGGAACCUAGAUUCUGGACAAUUCUAGGUCUGAGGUGCCAUAGACUAGAGGCAAUACUGUGCAGUGUAGUGUCUUAUUUAAAGAUUAGUCUUUAAAGGAUCAUCUUGUGCUAUUGUAAAAGUCUUCUGAUCCACACUGACAAAAGAGUAUUGUGUAACAGUGUGUAGAGGUAGGGAGGUGUUUGAGGAGGUUACCUGGCACUCAAACCUCAUGGUAAGUGUGUAAAGUAAGUCAUUGUGCCUGUAAUGUGCGCAUGAUUUGUGUGCAUGUGAAAAUUUGUUUGUGAUAUACAGUUGAAGUCGGAAGUUUACAUACACUUAGGUUGGAGUCAUUAAAACUCGUUUUUCAACCACUCCACAAAUUUCUUGUUAACAAACUAUCGUUUUUGCAAGUCGGUUAGGACAUCUACUUUGUGCAUGACACAAGUAAUUUUUCCAACAAUUGUUUACAGACAGAUUAAUUCACUUAUAAUUCACUGUAUCACAAUUCCAGUGGGUCAGAAGUUUACAUACACUAAGUUGACGGUGCCUUUAAACAGCUUGGAAAAUUCCAGAAAAUUAUGUCAUGGCUUUAGAAGCUUCUGAUAGGCUAAUUGACAUAAUUUGAGUCAAUUGGAGGGUGGCAGCAUCAUGCUGUGGUGGUGCUUUGCUGCAAGAGGGACUUGUGCACUUCACAAAAUAGAUGGCAUCAUGAGGAAGGAAAAUUAUGUGGAUAUAUUGAAGCAACAUCUCAAGACAUCAGUCAGGAAGUUAAAGCUUGGUCGCAAAUGGGUCUUCCAAAUGGACAAUGACCCCAAGCAUACUUCCAAAGUUGUGGCAAAAUGACUUAAGGACAACAAAGUCAAGGUAUUGUAGUGGCCAUCACAAAGCACUGACCUCAAGCCUAUAGAAAAUGUGUGGGCAGAACAGAAAAAGCAUGAGCGAGCAAGGAGGCCUACAAACCUGACUCAGUUACUCCAGCUCUGUCAGGAGGAAUGGGCCAAAAUUCACCCAACUUAUUGUGGGAAGCUUGUGGAAGGCUACCCGAAAUGUUUGACCCAAAUUAAACAAUUUAAAGGCAAUGCUACCAAAUACUAAUUGAGUGUAUGUCAACUUCUGACCCACUGGGAAUGUGAUGAAAGAAAUAAAAGCUGAAAUAAAUCAUUCUCUCUACUAUUAUUCUGACAUUUCACAUUCUUAAAAUAAAGUGGUGAUCAUAACUGACCUAAGACAGGGAAUUUUUACUAGGAUUAAAGGUCAGGAAUUGUGAAAAUCUGAGUUUAAAUGUAUUUGGCAAAGGUGUAUGUAAACUUCCGACUUCAACUGUAGGGGUGAGAUUGAUUUUCUCCUUUUUACUCAUCGGUUAAAUACUACAUGUGAAAUGCAAGUACUGCACAUGUAGAGUAGAGCUGUGAGUAGAGCAAGAUUCCAAAGGGGAGAAUCUUGCUCUGUCUGAAAACGUCAUUCCCAAAAGGGAUGAUUUAUUGAUUUUGGAAAAUAUUUGUGACAAUGAAUAAUGAGGCACUUCAUAGCGCCUGGUAUGCUCAUAACAUAGUUUUUAACAUCAAGUUCAUCCUAUAUGCAAAAUGACUCAGACUGCAGGUGUUUUACACUUCUUCUUUCCUUCCCCUUCCUCAGUAAAGCAGUUAACUUGGCAGAAAUCUGGAGGUUCCCAACCCCCUUAAGAUGUACGGCCUGUACUUGGAAGCGGUGAAUGAUUAUAUCAACGAGUCCUACGGAGAGGAUGUAUGGAGACUGAUAGAGGCCCGGGCAGAGAUACCGCAUCUCAAGUUUGUCCGCCAUCAGAUGUACAAGUAUGGUCAUAUCCCAUCUAACUGUCGGGUCUAACUACAUCUCUGUACCCAUCAUAUGCGUCAUAUUUACUUUCUAUUCUAAUUUUACCAGGAAGGGAAGUCACUUGAGGUUUCACUUUAAUCUCUUUCCUGACAGACUUGGCAAAAGCACAACAAGUUUACAUUGACCAUCAAUACAUAACAACACACACAUAGACAACAGGUCAAUGAAUGCACUAACUGUAAGUCACUCUGGAUAAGAGCAUCUGCUAAAUUACUAAAAUGUAAAUGUCAUAUCUAGGUAUCCUCCUUUUUCCCCUGCAGUGACAACCUGAUCCUGCGGCUGGCCAAGGCAGCAGGCGAGGUCCUGGGGAAGACCCAUGAUGAGCUCAUGUAUGCCUUUGGGGUUUACAUGGUGAAGAGGAUUGGGAACUACGGCUAUGAGAGGAUUCUCAAGGUAACCUAGUGCCUAGUGGCCCUCCUCAAGUGUCUGAGUUAACACUAGGCAUAAUUGGCCCUAAUCAAUGAUCAAUACACUGGUGUGUGUGUAAUGUCAUUAUUUAUCCCUUAUCCAUUCAUCCAGGUGUUGGGUCGUAAUGUGCGUGACUUCAUCAAUGAGCUGGACAACCUGCAUGAGUACUUCCGCUUCUCCUUCCCCAAAGUGCAGCCUCCCAGCUUCUGUGUGGAGGAGGAGUGUGAGACCAGCCUCACCCUGCACUACCGCAGCACCCGCAAGGGCUUCACCCAGUUUGUCAAAGGUAGGUAGGAACCACCACAGAGGACAAACAUAGCAAACACUAUUUUUCUGGAAGCACUAUAUUUGGUAAUACUGUACAUAGGGUCCAUGUCACACAUCCCCAACCUGUAAAAAUACUUGUUCUCUCUUCCCAUACUGUAGGUCAGCUGUCUCAAGUGGGAAGGCAGUUCUACAACACGGACAUUGAAGUUGAGAUCCUGUCCAAAGAGGAGACUGAGAAGAUGACAUAUGUGGUAUGUACUGUACUGUGGGCAUCUACCUAUUUGAAGCUACUUCUUAGAACAAUGUUAUGUACACCCCAACGCACCUGCAAGUAACUCCUCCGACCUAGACCUAGGAGUGCAUCACUUUCCAAGUGCAAUUGUUUGCCCCAUUGUCAAGCAACUUUAGUGUCAGGCCCCAUUGUCAAGAUCCUCACAACCUUAAGAUCCUCAAAGCUGCGUUUCCAUGAUUACCUUCAAAGUCUCUUUCCGCAGAUCUACAAGAUGAACUUUGACAACGCUGCCUUCAAGCACCGCAUGCCCCAGCAGAAGACGGCCCCGGGGUAUGAGAAGCUACCCAUGAAGAGGGGCAUCUUUUUCGACAUGUUCCCCUUUAGCGUGAUCUUCCGCCGGGACAUGACCAUGUACCGCAUCGGGGACGGCCUAAAGGAGGUCUUCUCCGACCUGCAGGGCAAGAAGGUCGACGAAGAGUUCACCCUGGUGCGGCCCAUGCUGGAGUUCAGCUGGGACAAUGUGAGUAUAGGAGGGGAGAAGAGAGGGGGAUGAGGGUUCUGUUACAUUUGGUAUGGUUUUUCCACUUCCCUAGGCUAUUGUUGUCAAUCUAGAGAGUUUGUUAGUGGAUAUUUGGGUUAUUUAGUUACAUUCAACAACCCCCUUUAAUGGUCCCAAACAGUGAAAAUCAUGUUUUUCAUCACAUUGGAUGAUAUUUGGAUGAAACCAGUUCAAAGUAGGGUACCCAAGUAUGAAAAAUGACUGUAGUUGGCACAUUGAUAAAGUUUGAUCAUAAAGUUACUGGUCCCCUUCCCCAUGUCAAACGCUUGGAUUCAGACAGCCAUUACCAAGGAUUUACUUCCGGCUUUAUCCAACGUCACAUAAAGCCGGAAAUGUAAUACACCAAUGGUAGCAUCUUAUCAUCUUAACUAAUUUAAAUAUGUACCGCCUUAAACCGUCAUUGCAUGUGUUCCUACACCUUGCUUUGGCUUUGUUUACAAACCAUAGGCAAGCUACUAGUAGCUAGCUCAAGCAGAACGUACGACCAAAUAUAUAUAUAUUUUUUAUAAACUGGUAGCCUUUCAUCUGUGGUGUGACUGUUAGAUAGCAAGCUACUUACCAGCAUGCCGGCAAAAAGCUGUGACUGGAUGCCAUAGUGUAAAUUUAACGUUACACUAUUUUCCGAAGAAUGAAGACAAUCCGACAGCAGUGUCUCAUUUUCAUUUUGGGUGGACAGGCUGCACCGAAAAUUACGAUCAUGUCACGGGUGUGCAGUGCACAUUUCGAGCGAAGUUGCUUUAUCAAUUGGGGAGAAUAAUCGAUGGGUCUGCCAGGAAGCUAAUCCUAAAAACGGAUGCAAUACCAUCAUUGACAGUGGAACAGUGGAUCUUGCAAGCGCUGACCAUAAUGUAAGUAUCAUUAUUAUUUUCACUUUCCAUCUCCUUUUGUCUUUUCACUAUCAUCAAGCUGUAAUGAUAGACAUUUUAGAAAAUUCAACAUCUAAUUUGUCUGCACAGCUUCCCAGGCAACCACCGCAGCAGGAAUGCUGUGAUACCAAAUCGGCUUUCCCGAUUAGGAAUGUAGUGAAGUAAGAAUUGUCAAAAAUAUAAAUAGUGUAAGUACAGACCCCAAAAAACGACUAAAGUAGUAUUUUUUACUUAAGUACUUUACACCACUGUUCAUUUAGAAUCUGCACCAAUUGAACAUUUCAGGCACACACAAUUCCAAAUACGAACACCAGAAAACACAAUGUAGAAUGAAUAGAUCACUACAUCAACGAAUUGAUAGCAUCAUAACUCAGAACAGUAAAUAAAAGGAUAUUAAAUUCACUACCCGUUUAACGAACAUUUCCCUUUUCAAAAACAUUACAGGCCUGGACCUCCUCUUCAACAAGGUCACCCUUGAUCCAGCAUGUUACAGUAUGUGGGGAAGCUGUGUGAGCGGUCCAUCCCAGGACCCCUGUCUGCCCAGUGUGAGAGGCCUGACAAGGAGGAGGCCAUAGCUGGAUUUGUGUCCCGCUUCAAUCUUGGGGGUGACUGAAGCCAAGUGGGUUACUGAAGUUUGCUUGAUUGAAUCAGGGUACAUGGAUCCCCCUCCUCUCCCGCUCCCCUCCCCAUCAAUCGCUGUAGUUGGUUGCAUUACCUAAAGCCUAAGUCAUUAACGUUUACAUAAAAUCACAUUUUGUUACUUUGUAUGUUUUUUUCAAGCAUUUGGAUGGGAGAUUAGUGUUACAAAUUGGACGAAUCAAUGGGGUCCUGUACACUGUAGGGCGGCUGGGAGCCUAUAUUAGGCUAAUGGCUCUUAAUUAUUUUUUUAUGUCAAAUUAUGUCUCACCUUUAUUUCUCAUGAGUGUUUAUGUUGAUCAAUAUUUUGGGCUAUGCUGUCCUAUUGUAAAUGAUCAAAUAAAUGUCUGAUCUAUACAAUUCUGAACAUAUUGUUAUUUAUAAUAAUAUAAUAAUAUGCCAUUUAGCAGACGCUUUUAUCCAAAGCAAUUUACAGUCAUGUGUGCAUACAUUUUUACGUAUGGGUGGUCCCGGGGAUCGAACCCACUACCCUGGCGUUACAAGCGCCAUGCUCUACCAAUUGAGCUACAGAGGACCAUUGUCCAGAACACUUAUUGCAUGCUGUUUUCAUGUACAUUCCCUUAUGUCUAAACUCCUAAGGUUACUCAGGCUUUACUAAUUCUUGUGAAGAAGUGUAUCAGUGAACUGUAUUCUGUAAUUAGGUACAAAACAAUAGAAAUGCAAUUGUGUAUUGCUGCUUUUUGUCUGAUAUCCAACAGCUCUGUUGACAAUGAGAGCAUUUUGCAGAGAAAAUGGGUUAUGGCCUACUAUUUAGGCUCGGAAUGUCAUGUGGCCCAUUGUCUACCUGGUCAUCAAUGAAGUGGCCCAUUGUUUACCUUUCUACCUGCCAACGGCCCUUGGUUUCAAAGAGCUGUCAGUCAAGGCGAGCUCAUGAAUAUAAGCUCCCCACUCACUCAGCCUGUUCUUUCAGGCUUCCUCAUAGUUAGAAAUGAGAGAAAAGGUACAAUUUCUUCAAUUCUGAGUAAAGUGUAAAAAUAUUAUGGGGAUGUUUUGGUCAUUCAAAGGCUAUUUUUACUUGGGGAAAUAGGAUGACUGUGUGGGACCUUUAAGCAUCACUAUGUCUGCAUGUAUCAGGGCCAGUCUCAGAAUAAAGAAUAAAGCAUCUCAGAGUAGGAGUGAUGAUCUAGGAUCAAUGUUCCCUUCACAAUCACAAUAAAUUAGGUUACAUGGACAGUGUGGACCUGAUCCUAGAUCAGCACUCCUACUCUGAGACGCUUUGUGAAUACAGGCCCUGGUAUUGACUGAAGUCAUCUGUUCCCAUGCUUCCCCUCAGAUCUACACCCACCUUAACAAUGUGUUUGAGCUGCUGUCCAAAGCUGUGGUGGAGAGCAAGCAGAAGGUGAACGUCCCUAAACUGAGCAAGGAAAAGGAAGACGAGGGAAAAGAGGAGAGCGAGAAACCAAAGAGAGAGGAAGAGAGAGGUACAGAGAAGUCAAGGGUCCGCCCGUCGCCACAGUCAACCGACAGGAGAGGGGAGUACUUUGUCCCUAACAAUCUCUACCACAUGUCUAAUGUUUAAGUGAUUUUGAUUAAUUACUUUAAAGCAGCAGCCGUUUUUAUCUCAAUAUCAAAUCAUUUCUGGGUAACAAUUAAGUGAGUUACUGUGUGAUUGUUUUCAACUAAAAUGGUCAAAAAGAAAGAAAGAUAGCUAGCUUCUUAGCAAAGAGCAAUUUCUCAAGCAAGAAUUUUGCUAAGACUGUCUGGGAGGGGAAAACUGAAAACUAGCUGUUAUUGGCAGAGAGGUUUGGAACUCUCUUUCUUAUUGGUCUAUUUACUAACUUACUGCCUGGUGAUGUCAACAGGCAGGCCAAAACACCAUGCCACCAAAACAGGCUGAAAUUUCAAGCGGUCUUUUCAAACAGCUCUUACACAAAGGGUAUUAUUAUAAUUUUCAUAAUUUCACAGUAUUAUUCCAACCUUAUAGUGUGGAAAUAUAUAUAAAACACAGGAAAAUCAGGUUUUUGACUGCACCGGGUCUUUUAAGGUCUUCCAAUAUGUGUAACAAUAAAAAAAAAUCUCUCUGUCAGUGCUGUUAUAAGCAUGAGUGAAAUUGAUUAAACAAAUGUCACUCACUCAGCCACCCACCUUCCCUCCCUCCCUCCGUCAUUCAUUCCCUCCUGUCCUCUGGCCCAUUAGAUGUGAAGUCUGUGGAGGAGAUGAAGGGGGACCAGGAGUUCAGCAGUGCUCUGACUCAGUACAACAGCUCAGCCAACUCAGGGGGGGAGGACAUCGAGCUGCUCGCCUUCCAGACUGUCACCGGUGAGAACCCCUUCUUCCUCGCCCUUCACACUACUUUUUUAUCUAUCUUCCCACCUGUCCAGCUCACCAAAAUAAGCUUACAUGCUACAUAGCUUUGUUCUCCUACAUUUGAAAGGGGUACAGAAAUGCCAGAAUCAAAACAGAGUCAGUGAUUGCCCUGUCUAUUUUGAAUGAAGUAUUAACUAUACCAUUUUUAAUAACUAGAGUGUAAUGGUCUUGGAAUUGUUGAUGCCAAUACCAAUGACAAUUCUAAAUUCCAAAGCAAUAUUUCCAAGUUCUAUGGCUGUGGAUGACCCCACCCUGCUCUUCAUCCCCAGGGAAGUGCAGUGAAACCAUCUUCGAGGAUAUGAGGGAACCUCCCAAGAAGCCCCUCCACCUGAAGGGUCAGAUGAAGUAUGUCCCCCAGUGGGACUCGCUCAUCUUCCUCAGUACGCCCAUGUAAGUCCACCCACAACAUCCUUACAGUACCUAGUCCUUAUCUUACUAUAAAGGAAAUACGUAAUCCAAUUCAAAACUUGCCUUGAGGCUACAGCUAUAUGAUGCCACGGUCAGACAUGCUUCCAAAGCAACCAAAAAAGGAGAAUCCAAAGCUUUGAUAGUAUAAAAACAAACAAAAAUGUAUUUGACAAACAAAGGUAAUUUCAUUGACUAUAGUCCAUCCAGGCCUACCUGAGCCAUAAUACCAAACCACAAAAUGGGUAUAGGGAAGGGGAACAUGGGAAGAAGGAGGUGUGCCCAGGUGAGGCUCCAUAUUGCUUUCAAAUACCCAUGAUAACCAUAAUAGAAAACCCAAAACAUGAUUUCAAUUAAUCAAUAUUUCACAAUUCUAAUAAGACAAACCAUAAAAAUUCAUAAUGAGACUGAAUGUAAGGGAAUUUGGCUCCAACACUUACCUUAGAUAGUCCUUACCUUACCUUAUGGUGUUUAUUAGCAUAUUAAAAUGUUUAUUAGCACAUGAAAAUAGUAAAAACAAUGAUAUACAAUAUUUAUAGUAUUACAUAUUGCCUAUAAAUAUGUGCAGUAUGCAUAAUAUAUUACAUAUUUAUACCGCUGUAAAUAUAUACUGAACAAAAAUAUAAACGCAGCAUGUAAAGUGUUGGUCCCAUGUUUGAUGAGCUGAAAUAAAAGAUCCCCGAAAUUUUCCAUACGCACAAAAAGCUUAUUUCUUUCCAAUGUUGUGCAGAAAUGUGUUUACAUCCCUGUUAGUGAGUAUUUCUCCUUUACCAAGAUAAUCCAUCCACCUGACAGGUGUUGUAUAUCAAGCAGCUGAUUAAACAACAUGAUCAUUACACAGGUGCACCUUGUGCUAGGGACAAUAAAAGGCCACUCUAAAAUGUGCAGUUCUGUCACACAACACAAUGCCACAGAUGUCUUAAGUUUUGAGUUAGCUUGCAAUUGGCAUGCUGACUGCUGAAAUGUCCACCAGAGCUGUUGCCAGAGAAUUGAAUGUUAAUUUCUCUAAAAUAAGCCGCCUCAAACGUCGUUUUAGAGAAUUUGUCAAUACGUCCAACCGGCUUCACAACCGCAGACCACGUGUAACCACGCCAGCCCAGGACCUCCACAUCCGGCUUCUUCACCUGCGGGAUCAUCUGAGACCAGCCACCCGGACAGCUGAUGAAACUGAGGAGUAUUUCUGUCUGUAAUAAAGCCUUUUUGUGGGGAAAAACUAAUUCUGAUUGGCUGGGCCUGGCUCCCAAUUGGGAGGGCCUAUGCCCUCCCAGGCCCACCCAUGGCCGCGCCCCGCCCAGUCAUGUGAAAUCCAUAGAUUAGGGCCUAAUGAAUUUAUUUCAAUUGAGUGAUUUCCUUAUAUGAACUGUAAAAUCGUUGAAAUUGUUGCAUGUUGCUUUUAUCCACUUCCCUUUUCAAUCCCUUCUUAUCUCCCUUUCUGCCACUCAUCCCAUCCUUGCUGUCUCUCUCAUUCCUCUUCCUCUCUUUUCUUCCUCUUCCAGUAUAGAGACAGUGGAGGACAUGAUUAAAAUGGGCGUCUAUGUGAACGAUCUGAACCUACACGACUCCAGCCGAGAGCUCAUCUUAGCCGGAACACAGCAGUCGGCUGAACUUCAGCUGGCUCUUGACCAGGUAAGUCAUGGACAUUUCAUAUAUACCACAUACCACCUUUCUUGAAUUGGAAUAACACACAACCUUACUUUGGUACACUGUUAACGUUAUCAUAUAACUCAUCUACUAACUGGGCCAAGUUUGCCUCAGCUAAGAAUGCAAGACAUACUACUAUACCCACACACAGUCCUGCUCAUAGGCAGCGUUAUUUUCAAAGUUACAAAUAAAGACAUAUGCAGUGUAUAGUUCACACUGAAAGGCAGAGGCAAAGACCAUCUCAAGGGCGGGGCUGGAUAGGCCUUUGAAGGAUGAGGAAGAGUUAGUUGACUGACAGCUCUCUCUCUUUCUCUGGUGGCUCCUCCCACUCCAGGAGCAGCAGAAGUACGCCCAGCUCCAGGAGAUCAUCAAGAAGCUGGACGAGGAGAAGAAGAGAGGAGACUCCCUCCUCUACGCCAUGAUCCCCAAAGCUGUGGCUGACCGGCUCAGGAAGGGUAUCACGGCCCUGGAGACAUGCCAGGUACUAACCCAGAGCCAUAUAUUUACAGAUACAUAUACAGAUAUACAGGGUGCAUCCAAAAUGGCACCCCAUUCCCUAUAUAGUGCACCAUAUAGUGCCCAAGCUCUGGUCAAAAGUAGUGCACUAUAUAGGCAAUAGGGUGCCAUUUCAGACGCAGCCAUAGAGUUUGUAGAGGAAACUAUCCUCCAUGUUGGCUCAAAACAUUAAAUGACAAUAAGACUCAAUUGAAUUCUGGAGCUAACUAGUCACCUCAUUUCUAUUAAGCCAGAAGAAACACCACAGUAAAAUGUCAAGCAUCUAAGUGUGCUGGUAUUUCCUAGGUGUUCCCGGACGUGACCAUCCUAUUCAGCGACGUGGUGAAGUUCAACGAGAUCUGCAUCCACAUCACGCCCAUGCAGGUGGUGGACAUGCUCAACGAAAUCUACAUAGUCUUCGACACGCUCAGCGAGAAGCACAACGUCUACAAGGUGAAUGACUGGGACAAUACAAAACAAGGGACUCUGUGGGAACAAUAUGCCUGAAUACUCAACCAAUGUUGUCUGGAUCAAAAAGGGAAGACUCUAUUAUCAUGCACUGAGUGGCUGUAGCAAUGUUUUACAGAGUGGAAUGUUUAGUUUGUUUCAUUGGUAGGAUAUAAUGUAUACAGUAAUGCUUCUAAACAUACUACUUGACUUUUAUUCCCCUGGAUUCAGGUGGAGACCAUCCGAGAUGCCUACAUGGUGGUGGCAGGCGUGCCCAAUAAGACAACCUUCCAUGCCCACCACAUAUGUGACAUGGCCCUGGACAUGCUGAGCUCCAUCGACCACCUCAAAGACCCCUCCACUGGAGACAACAUCCAGAUCAGAGUCGGUGAGCAGAGACCAUUGAAAUACAAUCUAGUCAUUCUAUUUCUAUGGCACAGACAGUUUAGACAGAUUAUGUUACUGAGUUUGGGUAAUCCAAAAGUUACGUUACUGAUUACAAUUUUGGUCAUGUAACUGUAACGGAUUACAUUUAUAUAGUAACCUACCCAACCCUGCAUACAUGACAGACAUAAAGCAUACACAUACUGUACUGUACAGUGUGUCUUUAUAAUCAGGUCAAUAGGAAGUCAAAGGCUUGAUAUUGUCUAGCCAUGCCCUGACUGUGCUCCUCAGUUAAUUCUGCCAGAUUUAUACCCCUUAAGUCACCCUGAAUCUAGAGCCACUGAUCCAGGUUCAGUAAAGCAGUUUAACUUCAUUGUAUGUUGUUUCCCUUCAGGGAUCCACUCAGGGAUGGUGGUGGCUGGGGUGGUAGGGCUGAAGAUGCCUCGCUACUGUCUGUUUGGAGACACCGUCAACACUGCCUCCCGCAUGGAGAGCAAUGGGGUGGUGAGUGCUGCCAUUAGAACAUAACCUCACUAUAGGGUAAAUCCAUUUGAAUUCAAUCACUUUGACAGCAUUCCUUUUGAUUUAAACAAAAGGUUCCAUACAUGUUCUAUUUCUAUGAUUGACACCCAUGCUGUAUUCAAGAGCAUGUUGUGUCUCAACCAAUGGCGGUCAUAACCAAUGUUCCCUCAAAAAAAUGUCAGCACUGAGCAAAUUUCAGGUCUGCUGAGCGCAAACCUGAACGUUCUGAAAAUUCUGCGCAACUUCCGGCGCGCAUUUACUGUGAACACUGAUGCUGUAUCCGGUUUAAGUUAGUUUUAACAAUGGUCAAGUAGGCUACUGUGGCUAUUUGAUGGCCUACCAUCAAAAACAAUGGAGAAAAUGCAUCCCAUAACAUUUUAACAUGGAAAUAGCUGUUCUAUUGUUCAGCCUACAGUAGCCAAUGUGUGGGGUUCAAUGUAGGCCUACAUUCCAUGAGACUUUUGAAAAAAACAUGCAGGGCUUGACAUUAACCUGUUUAUCCACUUGUGACUGAAAAUGUUGUUGUGUUGUUUGAUGCAAGAAACCAUCAUUAUUCCCAUACCAUUAUUACAGAGAAUCAGACAAAUUAUGCUACCCUCUGCCUAUUGGCUACUUAGCUUAUUCAAGCCUGUCUCAAAAUACAACACUGGCCCUUUAAGACAGAAAAAAGCUCUUUACCUGACUCGCUUUUCAAAGAUGUCUAGAAAUACACACGUUUUGUGCUCUUGUAGGAAGCAAUCACUCCCCCAUUGCUGACUAAAAAUGUUCUAUAACUGGGCUAAUAACUCACUAACUAGCAAAGGAUCUGAACAAAUGUACAAAUGUGCACACGUCGCUACAUGUAGCUCUCACUUUGAUCUCAAAACAAGCGCAUCUACUCACGACCGCUCAUGCUGUAAAAACAGUCCAGUUCAAAGUGAAUGGCACAGAUCCAUAAAUGGCAAUGGACUAUUUGCAUAUAGGCCUACUGCAGCUCUGAUUGGUUAUGGUGCACUGGUCUGUGUAGAGUAAGGGCCUGAGUCGUGCCUGUCAAUGCAACAGAAUCCUACUCCUAUGCGUUCUGCCUACAACAAAAUCUCUUGCAUAGUUAGUUUUGUUUUGGUAUAUUGCAUAGAUUCGAUCACAAUUCCCACAUUAAAGGGAAACGUUGAUAGUGUUAACUAACGGGGAAAACUCUAGAAAGUUGAGUGAUGGUAAAUCUUGUGCUUCUCUGCGCGGGCUGAUAUUUCUUCUGCGCACUAGUGCCGGGGAGCUGUGUGCCCGCGCACAGCUUAGAGAGAAUAUUGGUCACAACACAAAAACCUCAGAUUAUGUCAAAUAUGGUCUAAGCUACAAUGUAUGUGAAUAGGGGAAAAAAUCUGAGUUUAUCGACGUUUAAGGUUAAAAAAAUGACAUAAAAUAAAUAUAUACAGUGAGGGAAAAAAGUAUUUGAUCCCCUGCUGAUUUUGUACGUUUGCCCACUGACAAAGAAAUGAUCAGUCUAUAAUUUUAAUGGUAGGUUUAUUUGAACAGUGAGACACAGAAUAACAACAAAAAAAUCCAGAAAAACGCAUGUCAAAAAUGUUAUAAAUUGAUUUGCAUUUUAAUGAGGGAAAUAAGUAUUUGACCCCCUCUCAAUCAGAAAGAUUUCUGGCUCCCAGGUGUCUUUUAUACAGGUAACGAGCUGAGAUUAGGAGCACAUUCUUAAAGGGAGUGCUCCUAAUCUCAGUUUGUUACCUGUAUAAAAUACACCUGUCCACAGAAGCAAUCAAUCAAUCAGAUUCCAAACUCUCCACCAUGGCCAAGACCAAAGAGCUCUCCAAGGAUGUCAGGGACAAGAUUGUAGACCUACACAAGGCUGGAAUGGGCUACAAGACCAUCGCCAAGCAGCUUGGUGAGAAGGUGACAACAGUUGGUGCGAUUAUUCGCAAAUUACAUUUACAUUUACGUCAUUUAGCAGACGCUCUUAUCCAGAGCGACUUACAAAUAGGUGCAUUCACCUUAUAGCCAGUGGGAUAACCACUUUACAAUAUAUAUAUACAUAUAUAUAUAUAUUUUUUUUUGGGGGGGGGGGGGGGGGGGGGGGGGGGGGGGUUGGAUUGGAGUAAGUUGGUUGGAGUAAGGGGGGGGGGGGGGGGUGAAAUUAAAUGGAAGAAACACAAAAUAACUGUCAAUCUCCCUCGGCCUGGGGCUCCAUGCAAGAUCUCACCUCGUUUGCAAUGAUCAUGAGAACGGUGAGGAAUCAGCCCAGAACUACACAGGAGGAUCUUGUCAAUGAUCUCAAGGCAGCUGGGACCAUAGUCACCAAGAAAACAAUUGGUAACACACUACGCCGUGAAGGACUGAAAUCCUGCAGCGCCCGCAAGGUCCCCCUGCUCAAGAAAGCACAUAUACAGGGCCAUCUGAAGUUUGCCAAUGAACAUCUGAAUGAUUCAGAGGAGAACUGGGUGAAAAUGUUGUGGUCAGAUGAGACCAAAAUCAAGCUCUUUGGCAUCAACUCAACUCGCCGUGUUUGGAGAAGGAGGAAUGCUGCCUAUGACCCCAAGAACACCAUCCCCACGUCAAACAUGGAGGUGGAAACAUUAUGCUUUGGGAGUGUUUUUCUGCUAAGGGGACAGGACAACUUCACCGCAUCAAAGGGACGAUGGACGGGGCCAUGUACCAUCAAAUCUUGGGUGAGAACCUCCUUCCCUCAGCCAGGGCAUUGAAAAUGUGUUGUGGAUUGGUAUUUCAGCAUGACAAUGACCCAAAGCACACGGCCAAGGCAACAAAGGAAUUGCUCAAGAAGAAGCACAUUAAGGUCCUGGACUGGCCUAGCCAGUCUCCAGAUCUUAAUCCCAUAGAAAAUCUGUGGAGGGAGCUGAAGGUUCGAGUUGCCAAACAUCAGCCUCGAAACCUUAAUGACUUGGAGAAGAUCUGCAAAGAGGAGUGGAACAAAAUCCCUCCUGAGAUGUGUGCAAACCUGGUGGCCAACUACAAGAAACAUCUGACCUCUGUGAUUGCCAACACGGGUUUUGACACCAAGUACUAAGUAAUGUUUUGCAGAGGGGUCAAAUACUUAUUUCCCUCAUUAAAAUGUAAAUCAAUUUAUAACAUUUUUGACAUGCGUUUUUCUGGAUUUUUCUGUUGUUAUUCUGUCUCUCACUGUUCAAAUAAACCUACCAUUAAAAUAAUAGACUGAUCAUGUCUUUGUCAGUGGGCAAACAAUCAAAAUCAGCAGGGGAUCAAAUACUUUUUUCCCUCACUGUAUAUAUAUUUAAAAUGGUUUGACAACCCUGUUUGUAAGCUUUUAAAUUAUAUAAAUUAUCAACCGUUUAUCUUUUCCAGUGGUAUGGUGGGGUAUGCAAAAUUGGUCAACUUUGAGCAACUUUAUCUCUUGAAUGUUUUGGCAUUCAGGUCCAAAGGUCACUUUCUUAGCACUUCUACAAUGGACAAAUUUAUAUGGAAGGUUUUGUUCAAAUCAAAAGGGGUGCUGUCAAAAAGUGAUUGAAUUCAAAUGGAUUUAAUAUUUAAUAUUUCACUAACAGACAUGAUCAAUUAGCACUGUAUAGCAAAUAAUUUACUUCGUAAGUAGGCCGCAAGUAGGUUAAUGUGACAUUGAGUGAGCUGAAUAGUUAGCACUAUGUCAGCCAUUAACCUCUGUGUGUCUGUCUGUACAGGGCAUGCAGAUCCACAUAAGCCAGACUACUAAAGAUCACUUGGAACAUGAGCCAUACAUAAUUGAGGAGAGGGGAAAGAUCUUUGUGAAGGUAUGUGUACGAUGCUCCAUCAUGGCACUGUGAUGCUCCACCUGCCAAAAAGACAAAAAUGCACCACACUAAAUCUUUUUAUUAAAUCUUAUCUAUUCAAACAUAUUUUGAUCUCUUCAGGAGUUUUAUCAAAAUUCAAAAGUCCUAAAAUUGUCAUUUGCGGCCCAUCCAUUGGCUGAGUUAUAAUCAUGACAGGUAUUGAACAUAAGGAUCAUGAACACGGUACUAUUUCUGCCUACAUUCUGUCCAAUCACAGGGUAAAGGCUACAUGAAGACAUAUUGGCUGAAGGGGAAGAAGGACCUGUCAUUUAAGACUCCAGCAGAGCUCCGCUACAGCAGUGAACAGAAGGACUCAGAGGACAGGAGCUCCAAUGGGUGAGUGGAGCAGGGGAGGAGGCAACCCCAAUCUCUUCUGUAGGGAUAUACUGCAAGAUGCCCUAUAUCAUAUGAUUGCGAAUAGUUAAUGUCGCUACUGUAGAGUUAGUAAGGUUCCAACAUCAGCCCAUUUGUGGAGCGAAGGGCUCCCAUAACAAAAACACACCUGCUAGUAAUUUGCUUUGCUUUUGUACAUACUGUAUGUGGUCAUUUUUUUAAUACAUGUUCCAAUACACAGCUCCACCUGCACCAACACCAAGCGCUCCACCUCCAACCUGAAUAUUCCCAAUGAGGAGCAGCCAGAGGGCAAGCCCACCCCCACAGAGCUGCCUGCAGAGCCCUUACCUUCACUAGAGGGUGCCCCCGAGGACCUCACAGACCCCACGGAGCCCCAGGAGAAGAAAGUAAAAAAGAACACUAAGAACAACAACAAAGGGGGCGUGGCCAAGCCCGAGGCUCCUCCCCAGCAGGUCAAUGCGGUGCAGGAGAGUGCAGUGCCUCCUGCUGCUGCCCAGGAGACCCCCACGGCCCCCCUGUCUACCGCCGCCCCAGUGCUUAACAACAAGAGGAACAGCUUCAGGCAGCACACCAAGCUGCCCACCCACCUUCCCAUGCGCAGCACCUCCUGCUGCCUACUGUGAGAGGAGUGGCUAAAGUGAUGUGACUGGCCUGCAUCUUAUUGACAGUCCUGUGAAGGCAAACCCUGAAACUGACCCUAACCUUGAACCUUAACUUAACCAAUUAGAAAAUUCAACAUGGUUUCGCUGGUCACGUCCCUAUAGUUUUUCCCCUACUGUGAAAGGGACCAGGCUAGAGGUCAAGACCUCUCAUCUCAGAUCAUGGGCCAGCCUUCAUGUUCGAUAUAUUGUGUGACGCCCUGGUGUUUAUCCUAUGUUUUUCCUUAGGCAGGACCUGAGGGUCCCCACAUCAACAUUCAGGGAUGCCCACACCUAAUGGAAUGUAUUAGUCCAUUUAUUCAGGGUGGAGUAACAGAGGUAGACGGGGGGACCACCCCACCUAAGUAUUAAUGGAGGAAACAUUGAUGCCCCUAAAAUUAAAUAAAUGUGACAUUACUGAAAAGGGAAAAAACUUUAUCUUCCAACAAAUAUAUACAGAUACUCAUGUCUUGAUGACAUGUUAAACAGUGGGCCUCUUUUGGUAAUACAAGCACCUGGCUAAUGUCAUGGAUUUGUGCGUGUUGUUGAAAGGAAACAGGUCAAUAAAUGUACAGUUCAUGUACCAUUUAUCAAGUUAUUACUGUCGGUGAAAACACCUUUUCAAAUUACAGCAUCACAAUGGAUUGGCAUACAGAGUAAGAUGAGAUGUCAAGAGGUGGUUGUAUUUUAUUUGCAUUAACUAGUUCUCAGAGAAGACUGACCCAAGUUACAUUUCUGAUACUGUAUUUAAUGAUGGAAUAAUAUGACUUUAAUAAUAUAUAUUAUAGUGCUUUUCCUAAUGCUGUAAGUGCUUUACUUUUCUGUUUUGUAUCUGUAAUUUGUUGCACGUUUACUGUACGUUAGCAUUUCUUUGUCCAUAAAAACUGUACAGACAAACAUGUUACGUGUUCAUUUCC